CGGAAGAAGCCGAAUGUGAGGUUACGUAGUAAUAAAUAUUUACACUGGCUGAUACUAACAUGCGUCCAAGAGAGAUCUGAUAAUAUCGAGUAUUAUCUUGGCAUUAUGAAAAUUGGCGAAAACUGUCCAACACAUUACUAAAGUCGUUUACAGCGAGCAUGAAAUCCUGGUAAAAUGGAAGACGUUUUCAUCGUGAAAAAUGUAUUGAAUUCCGAAACGGAGAGUAGAAGUCCGUCAAUCACUGACAGAACGAGUGGAACAAUGACGACGUCCGAGAGUCUCUGGCCUUAUUUUCUAAUUGGAUGCAUCUUCUAUGGAUUUGGCUUAAAAUGGUGCUACGAAUGCGGGAAAUAUUGGUCGUCGACAAAAUCUGAAGAGGAACGUAAGAGUGUCACGCUACUAGGCUUUCGUUGGCACUGUGGAAGGUUAUGGAGAAGCCACCCUUUCGAGGGAAGUCUGAAAUUAAUUGCUACAGCUGUAGGUCUCAUAGGGACUCUAAUGAGUGGGUUACCAAACGACAGCAUAGUCUCCCCAAAAGUUAUACAUGUCACUAUAUAUCUUUUCUUUGCAUUAUCAGGACUGGUCGAUGUCCUUAAUUUUUAUUUUCCAUACAAUGUGGACACUUCUCUCGUUAAGCUAGCACUAGCGCAGAGCUUCUUUAUCGAAGGAUUUCUAUUCAGUUGGACAAAUGACGUUUCGAAUCCUUUAAUCAUCGUGAUUUUGUCCGCGGUCGUGUGGACGACCGCGCUCGUCAUAAUGCUGGAGCUAGUUUGGUCGGAGAUAAAGCUUCUACGAGCCAAUGCCACUUUACUGCACGGUUCGUGGAUAGCACACAUGGUUCUUUUAUACCGGAUAGAACCUAUCCCACCAGAAAAAAUUGCUCUAGCAUUCUCGUGGCACAUUGCAGCAGCCUCCGCAGUUACGCUGUGUAUUAUCGCAGUCACGAGAAGUCGAGCACCGCGAUUAACGAUCGAUGAACCUCCCGAGAUUCCGAUGUACGAUUACUGCCAGAGCCCAGCUCACAGAACAUAAUGAUUUAAAUACGUCGAAUGAAUAUUUAAAACAAAGUGCCUUCAGGAAUAUGGCUGUAAACUUCGAACCGCGAAGUGCCUUUAUAGAACGUUAACAUCACUUUUAAACCAAUGUUGAUAGCAUGAGACUUGUAUUUCUACUUCUAUUUAAUUAUUUACUUGCAUUUACCAAGCAUAGAGUGAUAAGACUUCCGCUACCCCAGUGCCAAACUUGUUGAGGAGGGUGUUACCUUUAAUUCUAAGUGCCUUAUGAUAUUACCAAACUAUUUAUGCGAUUGUAACGAGCGCGCACAACGAAACUUGAACCGAAUUCAAGUCUAUUUAUUAUAAGUUCUGCUAUUAUCCCGUUCUUCCGGAUAAGUGUGAUGUGAUUAGGACAUUAAUGUAUACGAAAUGCAAAUGGUGUUAUUGAAAUGUAAA